UCUCUUUUACUACCUUUUUUUUUGGUUAUGCAUGGAAGUCGAACUCCCUUGUAGUGGCAGGCCCACUUUUCUACACAACUUCACUUUCUCUAUUUUAUAAUACACUAAUCAAUAAUCAUUACCUUUCCACUACACAAAAUCUGGGAACACUUUCUACCCCUAUCAUAUAUGCCAAAUUCAUGAUUCUUCUCCCCACCUUUUCUCUCAGGAUUUUCCACAUGCUCCACACUUUUUUUUUUUCCUUCAAAAUAGUGCUCGUCUUAUCUUUACUCAAUAACUGUAACAGGAAGAAAAAAAAAAUAACUUUUACCUUAUCCAGUUUGUUAAUUCCCAUAUUUUUGUUUUCUUGAGGCUGUGUUGAUUUUCCGUGAAAUAACACCACCCAUGACCCACCUAAACAAAAACUGAACCUUCCCAAUGGAGUUAAAUAAUUAAUUCUUCAGGAACUUAUUGGCACAAACCCUUCUCCUCUGCCUUUUUAUUUCUACAAUUUAUGAUAAGAAAUGAGAAAUCUUUUCCUGUGGCUAUGCUUCCUUUGUCCUUGCCAAUUAUGAAAAUUUUUUGUUUCCUUGUGCUACUCAUGCUCUGGUAGCGACUUGGUUCAACACCAGCUUACCUAUUUGCAAUUCAUUUUCACACACUCUUUUUCUCCUUGUCUCUGUUUCCUUUUGGUUUGGUUGGGAAGGAGAGAAAAAUAGAAAAUAGUACCAAAUUAACAAUGAUUUUCCGAUUUAUAAACCAAAAUUUCAUUUUCAUGGUAUACACUGAAGUUGACUCGUUGAUUCAACCGUUCAGCCUCGUCGUAAGCAAUUUGGGAUAGGAGGUAGCAGAGUUAGUGAGAGAUGCCAGAAGGACAACUAGGAGUGCUUAAUGCACUCGAUGUGGCCAAGACACAAUGGUAUCAUUUCACUGCUAUAGUGAUUGCUGGAAUGGGAUUCUUCACUGAUGCCUAUGAUCUCUUCUGCAUUUCCCUUGUGACCAAGUUGCUAGGGAGGAUAUACUACACAGACAUAACUAAACCGAAGCCUGGUGUUCUCCCUCCUAACGUGCAAGCUGCUGUGACUGGUGUUGCACUAUGUGGCACUUUGGCAGGCCAACUUUUCUUUGGUUGGCUUGGUGACAAGAUGGGAAGAAAGAAGGUUUAUGGCUUAACUCUCAUGCUCAUGGUUGUGUGUUCCAUUGCCUCGGGGCUCUCUUUCGGAGACUCCCCCAAGGGUGUCAUGGCCACACUUUGUUUCUUCAGGUUCUGGCUUGGCUUUGGGAUUGGUGGUGACUACCCUCUAUCAGCCACGAUCAUGUCUGAAUAUGCCAACAAAAAGACUCGAGGGGCAUUCAUUGCAGCAGUGUUUGCCAUGCAGGGAUUUGGAAUCCUGGCUGGUGGAAUAGUGGCCUUGAUUGUGUCAUCUGCAUAUGACCACAAAUAUGAUCUUCCUAGUUACCAUGAUGACCCUGCAGGAUCAAUAGUGCAUUCCCUUGACUAUGUUUGGCGCAUCAUUUUGAUGUUUGGUGCAGUUCCAGCUGCACUUACCUACUACUGGCGAAUGAAAAUGCCUGAGACGGCUCGUUACACGGCCCUUGUAGCCAGGAAUGCAAAACAAGCUGCUUCAGACAUGUCCAAGGUGUUGCAAGUUGAACUUGAAGCUGAAGAGGACAAGUUGCAGAAUAUGGUUGAGAAUGAAAGCCAAAGGUAUGGUUUGUUCAGCAAGGAAUUCGCCAAGCGCCAUGGGCUACACUUGUUGGGAACCACAGUUACUUGGUUCUUAUUGGACAUUGCCUUCUACAGCCAGAACCUUUUCCAAAAGGACAUUUUCAGUGCCAUUGGAUGGCUCCCUCCUUCACAAGAAAUGAAUGCAAUCCAUGAAGUUUAUAGGAUUGCAAGAGCACAAACACUUAUAGCACUGUGCAGUACUGUGCCGGGGUACUGGUUUACAGUGGCGUUCAUUGAUUACAUGGGCCGUUUCGCCAUCCAAUUGAUGGGUUUCUUCUUCAUGACAGUGUUCAUGUUUGCUCUUGCCAUACCAUACAAUCACUGGAGCAAAAAAGACAACAGAAUUGGGUUUGUGGUGAUGUACUCUCUCACGUUCUUUUUCUCCAAUUUUGGUCCAAAUGCCACCACAUUUGUUGUGCCAGCAGAGAUUUUCCCAGCCAGGCUAAGGUCUACUUGUCAUGGAAUUUCAGCUGCUGCAGGAAAAGCAGGAGCAAUUGUUGGUGCAUUUGGGUUCUUGUAUGCUUCACAAAGUAAGAACCCUGCCAAGGUUGAUCCAGGUUGCCCUACUGGUAUUGGGAUCAAGAACUCUCUCAUCGUGCUUGGUGUCAUCAACUUCUUUGGAAUGGUAUUCACCUUGUUAGUGCCAGAAUCAAAGGGAAAAUCAUUGGAAGAGUUGAGUGGGGAGAAUGAAGAAGAUAGUCCUGAGGCUUUAGAGAUGGCAGGGUCUGCUAGGACAGUUCCAGUUUAAUCAGUCUCUCAUCAACAAACUAGUUCAAUAUUCAAGUAAUGCUAUCAUUGUGUGAUAAUUUUAGUUUGGUUUUUCUACUGCCAGAUGCACAAUAAUGAUGUAGAUAUAUGUUUUUCGAUGCUGUAACUUUAAAUCAAUUACUAAGUGUUUGUGUAUUUCAAUUUCAUUCUUGUUUUUAAUUAAAAGUGGCGUCUAAAUUAUCAUAUCUGUAACUAAAUGUAUUGAAGAAAAGUUUUGUCUCCAGUUCCUUUGUUUUAUAGGUGUCCUCUAUCUAUGUAUAGUUCUUCAGGUUAUGGUGGUAUAUAUUUAUGCAUACUUUCACUGA